AUGAGUUUCGUGCCAAUCAACCCGCGGCCUAUGCUGCAAGACCUAGUCAACAAGGACAUCGUGGUCCGACUAAAGUGGGGCGAAACCGAGUACCGCGGCCGACUCGUCAGUUCCGACAGCUACAUGAACAUCCAACUCACCAAUGCCCAAGAGUUCAUCGACCAGAAGUUUACCAGUGAUUUAGGGCAAAUCCUAAUUCGAUGCAAUAACGUAUUAUGGAUCAAAGCCGCCGACCAAGGUGGUGCCGACGUCAAUAUGGGCGGAUAA